AUGUUGCCGCGAGCAGUUGCAGCGGCCGCUGCUGCAGCUGCUGCAGGAGCAGCAGCAGCAGCAACAGCACGACGACGAUUUACCCGCGUGAACUUGAACUCUUUGGAGUUAAUUUCAUCUGCAGAAAUAGACUCAUUAAUUCCUUCUUCCUCCUUAAGGGCGGACACCAGGACCGUCGACAGCAAGCUGCACAGCACAGGACAGCGGCUCCUCUAUCAGACCUCCCACCCCAGCAAAAUGGAUGAGGAAUAUGAUGUUGUGGUUUGCGGCACGGGCCUAAAGGAGUGCAUCUUAAGCGGUUUGCUUUCUUCUGCUGGGAAAAAAGUUCUGCAUUUAGAUCGCAACAACUACUACGGAGGCGAUGGAGCUUCUCUCAGCCUCACGAAUCUGUACAACAAAUUCAAACCCGGCACUUCACCGCCACCUGAGUAUGGAUCGAACAGAGACUGGAACGUGGACUUGAUUCCUAAGUUUGUCAUGGCCUGCGGAAAACUCGUGAAAAUCCUCCUUAAGACUAAGGUCACAAGGUACCUAGAGUGGCAGGUCGUGGAGGGGACGUUCGUUUAUCAGUAUCAGAAGGCCGGUUAUUUCUCUAGCGAAAAGUUCAUUCACAAAGUGCCAGCGACGGAGUCCGAGGCGUUGAUGUCCCCCCUAAUGCCCCUCCUGGAGAAGAAUCGCUGCCGCUCCUUCUUCGCUUAUUGUGCUCAGUGGGAGGCAGACAAGCCAGACACGUGGAGGGGCUUCGACCCCAAGAGACACUCUAUGGAACAGGUCUACAAGUACUUUGGGCUGGAAACAAACACGAUUGACUUUGUAGGCCACGCGGUGGCUUUGUACCCAAGCGACGAGUAUCUGAAGCAGCCCAUGCAGGAAACGAUGGAGAGGAUCAAGCUGUACAUGUAUUCAGUUUCCCGCUACGGCAAGUCCCCUUUCAUCUACCCAGUAUACGGUCUUGGGGGGUUGCCUGAGGGCUUCAGCCGCCUCUGUGCCGUUAACGGAGGCACCUACAUGCUAGGGGCACCCGUGGAAUCAUUCGAGUUGGACUCGGAGGGAAGGGUCUGCGGAGUCAAAACAAAAGACGGACAGGUGGCGCGUUGCAAGAUGGUGGUUUGCGACCCAUCUUACGUGCUGGAACAGUUCCCCUCCCGUCUGAGAUGUACAGGCAGAGUUAUACGGUGUAUAUGCAUCUUGGGUGCCCCUGUGCCGCACACCAACGGCAGCACCAGUUGUCAGAUAAUCAUUCCUCAGAGACAGCUAAACAGACACAACGAUAUUUACAUAAUGGUGGUCUCCAGCCCCCACGGAAUCUGCCUAAAGGGGAAAACAAUUGCCAUUGUCAGCACUACCGUAGAGACAGACGAUCCAGAAAGGGAACUGGAUCCAGCUUUGAAGCUGCUUGGUAAAAUUGAGGAGAAGUUUGUGGCGGUGAGCGACAUGAUGGAGUGUACAGACGACGGAAGAGACAGCAACAUUUUCGUCUCCAAGUCAUUCGAUGCCACUUCACACUUCGAGUCUGCCACGCAAGAUGUGUUGAAGAUGUGGGAAGAUAUGAUGGGAGCUCCCUUGGAUUUGUCCACGAAAGCGGAUCCGGAAGAUUUGCAAGAGCAAUAG